AUGUUUUGGUCUAAGAGACCCGAUUUCUUGAACUACUCUCGAUAAUUUGAGGGAAAUUAUAAGAGUGAGAGAACAUAAGAAGAAUUAGAAUAAUAUCCAUCAAAUUUUAUAAAGACAUCAAGGUAAGAAUUAAUUAUAUAGUGAUAUAGAUAUAAUUUAGUAACUUUCUUACCAAAAUCGUUACUGUUGUAAUUUACACGAUAUGCAAAUAUUUCUUAUGCAUAGCAAUAAUUUAAUGUAUUUCAGUAUUAUCAACAUUGAAUUCAUUCAGUGCAAUAGCUCCUUUAGUAUUUGUAUUAGGAUUAUCAAUGGGAAGAGAAGGCUUGAAUAGAGAUUAAUAUAAAAGGUUGGGAAGAUUAUGGAAGACAUGUAUCAGAUAAUGAAGUGGAUGCAACAUUGUGUGUUUUAAUGAAAUCUCGAUAGAAGAAAGUGUAAGAAUAAUAAAAUUAACACUACACUACUUAGUUCAUCAUGGGCAAAAUUAGCAGUAGGAGAUUUUGUAUUUGUGUAAUA